CCCAGUGUCCAUGGUUACGAUCGAUGUAAAUAACUUGCAGGACAACGAAUGGUGAAACUGAGAACAUUUGGGGAAAAGAACGGGGUGUAAACACGGUUAAGGGGCGGAAUCAUAAUUACAUAUUGAACAAUCAUGCCUGGCAGCUCUAUCUCAGUCUCCAAUGCUUCGUCAUCCUCUUCAUCAAAGAGAGCAAAAACCCGGCAGUAUCGAGUGAUCAGUAACACAUCCCAGGUUGAUGAGUCGUUGUUCGGUCAGCCCAGCCGAGUGGCCAAGAGGAAUGAGAUGUUGAAGGACAUGUGGAAUGGAGAGAGGACACAGGAUGUUUCACUGGAAACCCUGGCCAAACAGAGGAACGACAAACGUAGAAAAGGAAAACCCAGCAACCGAGAAACAGUGCAGGUCAUCACAAAGGAUCUCAUCCGAAAUCUCAUUGUCCCCACAGAAGAUCCAUCUGGUCAAACCAUGAUUCUGUCCAGAAGAGACUUUGAUAGAAUACUUCAAGGAGCUCGCACAUUUUCCAAAGCUGAGAAAGAGGCUCACAGUGAUUCAGUCAAGAUGGCAAAGGAAGCUGCUUUGGAUGCAGCCCAGGAGAGGAAGAAUUACAUGAAAUCCAUGGACCUGGCCAGACAGAGAAAUGAGAAGCUGAACGACCUUGAGGAGGAGGCCAAGGACAAGGCUGAGCAUCUUCUUUCCAAGGCAAACGAGAUGAGGCAGGAACAGGAGGAUGAGAUCAAGCAUCUCAAUGAGCUUAUCCUGAAUGCCAAGUGUCAUGCUAUCCGGGAUGCUCAGAUCCUGGAGAAAGGUCAGGUGAAGAGGGAGAUGACGGAUGAAGAGAAGAGGCUGGACAUCAUGAUGGAGGUGGACAGACAGAACGCCAUCCGCAUCCAGGAGGAGAUCGAGAGAAAGAAGAAGGACGAGCAACUGAUUGGGGCGGCCAAGCUGAUGGAACAGAUCCAGGAGAACGAGCAGGAACGUCUGUUUGAGCUGGAGAGGAAGGACCAGGAGAACAUACAGAUGCAGAAGUACAUCGGCAAGCUCAUGGAGGAAGACCAGGACAUGAAGGAGAAGAGGAAGGCAGAGCAGACCGAUCUCAGGGAGGAGCUCAACAAGGCUAACGAUGAAAUCAUCCGGCGCCGAGAUGUCAAGAAACUGCAAGAGCAAGCAGAGGAACUGAAAGUGCUGGAAUACCAGAGACAGAAGGCUGAGCGAGAAGCCGCUUUUGAAAAGGAGCAAGAAAGAAUUCGCAUCGAGAAGGAGCGUGAAGUUGCCAGACUUCGAGCCUUGCAGGAGCGAGCGAGAGACGAGCAGGCAGAGCGGGAUGCUUUACGAGCCAAGCGUGCUCAGGAGCAAGCUGAGCGAGAGUGGCUCAAGAAGGAGGCAGCCGAAGCCCAGAAGAAGGCAGACAUGGAAGCACUGCUCAAGGAUGCUCGCAGUAUGCAGAUGUCCCAGAAGGAGCACUACCUUGCAGUGCAGGCACAGAGAGAGCGAGCAGAGUUUGAGAGAGUGCUUAGGGCCCAGAAGGAGCUGGUGGAGAAGGAGCAGCGAGAGGAAGAUGUGACCCACAAGAAGCGACUGACACAUGCUGAGGAAGUGCGCCGCCAGAUUCGCCAAAAGGAGCAAGAGAAGGUCAGAGAUCGUAACAACUUCUUUGAGGAAGGUGUGAAACUUGACGAAGAGGCACGUAUCCGCCGGAACAGAUUGGAGGAAGUCAAAAGGAAGAAGCUCCAAGAACUCAGGGAUAUUGGCAUCCCAGAGAAAUACCUCAGCCAUGUUGUCCACCAGGCAAAGCUGGAGAACCCGGAGUCUGUCGCCGUGUAACAUCCAGUGGGAGGCUGGGAUCCCCGAGAAGUAUCUGUCCCAAGUCGAGAGAAAGGUUAACCAGCCAGCAAAUAUCAUGGUUUAAGUUUUGGUUGCCAUGGAAACACAUCUUCCGUCCAAAGAAAAUUGUGAUAUACUUUUUGAAACAUUUGUGUCAUGAUAAACACAAUAUAGAUUCAAAUCAAAUCUACAAGAGCUACUUUAAUAUUGUUGUCAAAUGUUGGUAUUUUAUUAGGACAUUUUUGGUAUGUGAUCUUUAUAUUUUAUGGUACUGCAAACACGAAAGAUUGGUUACGACUUGGUUUGAGUGAAAUUCUGGCAAAACUUGGUUUGAUGUUUUGUUUAACCUGGAUUUUGUAGAAACAACUUUGGAAAUAUCCAUCAGUCCUGUCUGGCCAGUCAUAUGAGAGCGCCAGACCGUAAAGACUUUGGUAGGUCAAGGUCAUGGUUUAACAUAAAACUAUCAUCAGUAUUCUAUAUGUUAUUGUGCAAAUAGUGUUGUUUCCAGUAUAAUAUUGUACAUAAUCAUUUUUCUGCAAACAUACUGUUCAAAAGAAGUAAAGAACUUCUUCCCAUGUGACUAUUUGAACUAUAUAGGCAUAUGACAAAAUUCAGGUUUUCCUUAACUUCUUUUGCAUAGCAUACAUCAUUCAUCCAAACUUCCGAUGCCAUUAACUUCAAGUAGAAUUCUUCAAGGUGUUAUAAGUAUAUUUAUUCAACACAGAAACAUCAAAUUUUUACUUUUCUCAGGAUUUUUCUGUUAAAAUCAUGGUAAUUAUAAUUUACAGUGAUCUCAUCCUUGUACAUAUCAUAUCAUUUACUUUCCUCUGUAAUGUUUGAUGAUAACACACAACUGUAGACUCGUGUUAAACCACUAAGAAAUAAAAUUCUUAUUCAAAUACA